UUUGUCACAACAAACUACAGCAAGCCAUUUUCAAAUUUGAAAGUUGAAAAUUAAAGGAAGAAAGCAUAGAUACCAGACCCAGUUUCUAUGGCCCCCUCUUCCCUUGUCCCUUCACUUUUCUCAUUAUAGCGUGUGUAAAAAUUCCUCUUUGCUUGUUACUUUUCUUUUAUAUUCUCACCAACAAAGGAAGUAAGAACCGAGAAUAUUCACACACAAAAACAUAGAACAGAAAAAAAAAAAAAAAGCUUUCUUUUAUCUUGAACAUAUAGAUAGAGAAAGAAAAAAAUGGAGAAUGAUUCAUCAAUGGUGAUAGAUGAAAGAGGUAACCGAACUUACAAUGGCAAAUAUGUACAGUACAACGUACUGGGUAACCUUUUUGAAGUCACUUCUAAGUAUUCUCCUCCUAUUCAACCUGUGGGUCGCGGUGCAUACGGCAUCGUUUGUUGUGCACGAAAUUCUGAGACAAAGGAAGAGGUUGCAAUUAAGAAGAUUGGGAAUGCAUUUGAUAACAGAAUUGAUGCUAAGAGAACACUUCGAGAGAUCAAACUCCUUUGCCACAUGGAUCAUGAGAAUAUUGUCAAAAUUAAGGACAUAAUACCACCACCGGAGAGGGCAACGUUCAAUGAUGUUUACAUUGUCUAUGAAUUGAUGGAUACCGAUCUCCAUCAAAUAAUACGCUCUACCCAGGCACUGACUGAUGAUCACGUUCAGUAUUUUUUAUAUCAGUUGUUGCGAGGCCUAAAGUAUGUACACUCGGCAAAUGUCUUACAUCGAGAUUUGAAACCGAGCAACCUGCUUUUGAAUGCAAAUUGUGAUCUUAAGAUAUGCGACUUUGGGCUUGCAAGAACCACCUCAGAGACAGACUUCAUGACUGAAUAUGUGGUAACCCGAUGGUAUCGAGCCCCAGAAUUGCUACUCAACUGUUCAGAGUAUACUGCAGCUAUUGACAUUUGGUCAGUUGGUUGCAUUCUCAUGGAAAUUAUUAGAAGGGAGCCUCUUUUCCCUGGCAAAGACUAUGUUCAACAGCUGGGACUUAUAACAGAGCUGCUGGGUUCACCAGAUGAAUCGGAUCUUGGAUUCCUUCGAAGUGAUAAUGCCCGGAGGUAUGUCAAGCAGCUUCCGCAUGUGCCCAAGCAACCUUUUUCACAAAAGUUCCCAGAUGUUUCCCCAGUUGCUCUUGAUCUUGCAGAAAGAAUGCUAGUGUUUGAUCCAUGCAAACGCAUAACUGUUGAGGAGGCAUUGAAUCAUCCAUUUCUGUCAAGUCUUCAUGAGAUCAAUGAGGAGCCCACUUGCCCAUCCCCAUUCAUCUUUGAUUUCGAGCAGACGUCUUUAAAUGAAGAAGACAUCAAGGAGCUCAUAUGGGCAGAAUCUUUGAACUUCAACUCAGAUGUUAUGCUCGAGUAAAUUUGAGCUGAAAUACUCUAUUUCCAUUAUUUGGUUGAUUAGUGUGUCCUGAUGAGAAGAUUAACUACUGAUAGGAAGGUUAUUGGUUGUAAUAUAAGUGAUGAAAUGCUCUGUGAACAGGGAAAUUAGGGAGAUAGGUUCUCCCAUUUCAUAGUGUGAGGGUGGAAUGGCUGUUUGUUCUUGGGGUUUAUUAUUGAGUGUUUUACUGGAUCUAUUUAUGUAUGAGAAUCCAGCACCCAAUAAGGUUGAUAUGAAUCAAAAGAGGGCUACUGUCUCCUAGCCCCUCUUGACAGGUUUAUUUUUUGGCUGUGGUUUGUAUAUUAUUUACUUAUAUGCUAUCAAAUACAAAAGAAAGAUGAAAAGAGAAAGCACUAUUUUGAUCUA